AUGGCUGAUAGAGUUCAACUGGGGAUUGGCUGUCAUGCCUAUGUUGAUGGUAUCGAUACACCAUAUGGAUAUCAGCCCUCGCUAGGAGCAGGCAUCGCCUACUGCGUGCUCUUCGGCCUUUCGAUGAUUCUUCACACGCUCCAGUUUACCUGGAAACGACAAUGGUGGGCAUGUGUCUUUAGUAUCGGAUGCUUGGUAAUCGGCUGGGCCGGUCGUACUUGGUCAUCCAAGUGCCCUUAUAACACGACUGCAUUCCUAAUGCAAAUCUCCACCCUCAUCAUAGCCCCGACCUUCUUCACAGCCGGAAUCUAUGUCCUCCUAGGUCGAUUUAUUCAACUUCUAGGUCGUGAAUCUUCCUUCCUCAAGCCCAGCCUCUACCUCUGGAUCUUCUGUACCUGCGACGUUAUCUCCCUCGUCGUCCAAGCCAUCGGCGGCGGAAUGGCCUCCGGCGAAGCCGAUAAAAUCGACGGAGACACCGCGACAGGUACACACAUCAUGGUUGCUGGAAUUGUCUUCCAGAUGUUCUCAAUCACCAUCUUCAUGGUCUGUGCCAUCGACUUCAUUCGUCGUGUGAUGCGUCGCCGUCUCUUGCAGACAGUCACCGGCUCCGUCGUCCCACUUUUCGUCGCUAUGAUCCUUUCCAUCGUCUGUAUUUAUAUCCGAUCCAUUUACCGAACCAUCGAGCUGUCGCAGGGCUGGUCUGGAUACCUCAUCACCCAUGAGUCCUACUUUAUUGCGCUGGAUGGAGCUAUGAUGAUUCUCUCUGUGGCAAUCUUCAACCUACUCCACCCGGGUUGGCUGUUACCAAGGGAAAAAGCAUCUUCAAUGAAACGGGAGGGCCAUUCAGCUGAUGGCCUUGAAGGGAACCAGAGCUCCCCUCUUCGGUGGUGA